AUGGACGCAGAUGCUUCAAUCCGUUCGACUGACAACGAUGCCGCUGUUGCGAGGCUCUCUGCGGUGCAGAAGCGCUACCUUGAUGACCCCUUCAUCAAGCAUCUCGUUCCCCGUGCUCAUCUCCAGCCCCUUCGCCCACCCUUGAUCAAUGUGGGCACAUUCGUGCGGUCGUAUGCGAUCGACGAUCUCACUACACAGUGGCUCGAGGAGUCAGGAAAACUGAACCAACCCUGCCAGAUUGUGAGCCUCGGUUCAGGGAGCGAUACAAGAUUCUGGCGAAUUGCGACAGGGCCACUUAAGGAAAACCUUGCCACUUAUGUCGAGAUCGAUUUCCCCGAGAUUACGACCAAGAAGGCCAUGGCCAUUCGCAAGAGCCGAGAGUUGAGCAGCGUACUUGGGACUCCUGCAGAUGUGACACUGUCCCAAGGAAGCACGGCACUACACGCACCAAAGUACCAUCUUCUCCCCAACGACCUCCGUCUCCCUCCGGCGGAGACUAUGGAACACCUUUUCAUGAUCCCAUCACCUUCAACAGAGACAUCAAUUUUGUCAUCGUCUCUUCCUACUCUGUUGAUUUUCGAAUGUGUCCUGGCAUACAUGUUGCCUGAAACAUCUUCUCGAUUGCUUGAGUGGUUCGUAACCCAAUUUUCUAAGUCUUCAGCACCAUCUGGUGGGGUACUUGGUUGCGUUGUCUAUGAAAUGUUCGGUCUAGGUGAUACCUUCGGACGGGUGAUGGUGAACAACCUGAAGACCAGGAACAUUUCCAUUCCAGGGGCUGAGCCGUUUUUAACUCUAGACAGUCUCUCACAAAGAUUUAUCGGCAGCGGUUUCACCGCAGCUCAUGCCUUAACAUUGAGGGACAUAAGGAAAACAUAUGUCGAUAGAGCUGAGUCGGAGAGAAUAUCAACAUUAGAAUUGCUUGAUGAGUUGGAGGAACUUGAUCUAGUGCUGAAUCAUUAUGCCAUAUCAUGGGGUUUAUUCCUGUCCAACCCGCCACAUGGAAGUAGCUGGUCUCAUUGGGGGUUAAAAAAACAGGAAAAGUAA